UUGCAUACACUACAAAUUAACUAAUCAUUAUAUACUAAUAACCAAACUCAUCGAUCAUCUUGUACUGAGAAUUUUUUUAUCAAGCAUGAACAAGCAGGCCUCUGAGAAGAGUAGAGCGUUUCUACUAACACAGAUGCAUUCGAUGGCCCAACCAGGCAGUGUUACUGCUAAUAUUACCACUACCACUACCACCACCAACACCAACACCAUGGCCACUGCUGCUGCUGCUGAGAUGAGGGGACAAUACUCUCCUGCGUAUCCGCCGAGGUCUCCUCAGCUGAUAUCGGGGGAGGAGAUGAUUCACUUCAGCCACCCCCAGCACCCUCUCUCCUUGCUUAAUCUCCCGGACCGCUUCACCUGCGCCUCCUGCAAGGAGCGCGGCGCAGGCAACAGGUACUCUUGCCUGCAAUGCAAUUUUCAGCUGCAUGACUUCUGUGGCUCAGCUUUCCCUUCCCUCAAGUCCCAUCACCUCCACUCUCAGCACAAGCUCCUACUCUUUUCCAAACCAGUGAAAGGUGGUGGAAUUGUGCAAUCCAAGUGCGAUGUGUGCAGCAAGGCAAUCCAAGGGUCUGCAUACAGAUGCAACGCCUGCAGCUUCCAAAUGCACCCCUGCUGUGCCAACUUGCCCUUGGAAAUGCAGAAGUUCUGGGUUCACUCCCACACUCUCAGGCUUCUUCCACCCAAUUAUUACGGCAAUAAUAAUAAUAAUGACACUAACGUGGUGUGCGGUGAGUGCAACCGGAAGAAGUCAGGCAGAGUGUACCAUUGCAGCGUCUGCGGUUACCAUCUCCACGCCGUCUGCGCCAAGACCUACAUCAACGGCCUCCGCGAAAACGGCCACAAAAGCGAUGACAAGCCUAACAACAUGCUCGGCACAGCCGCUCGAGUGGCUUCUCAGGUGGUCAUUGAUUUUCUUGGGGGUCUUAUAGAGGGCAUCGCUGAAGGUGUUGGCCAAGCCAUUGUUCAAGAUGUUGCCAAAGGCAGGUCCAAUACUACUACUACUUCUACUAGUAGUAGUAACGGUGCCAAAGGAAAAUCAUCUUGGAAUAAUAAUUAAUAUUUAUUAUAAUAACUCAACCCAUCCUUUUUCUAUGCAUACUGCUAUAUAAAUAUAUAGAGAGAUUUAUUAAUGAUUUGUUAAUUAAUUAGCUGUUCAUAUAUAUAAUAUAUGCAUAGCUUUUUUCUCCAAGGACAAAAAAUUACUACAAUAUAUUAGUGGAGGAUGCCCUGGAGAUUAUAAUAUAUAAAUAUGAUGUAUAGUUUGGAUUUGUAAGUUUAUUCAUAUAUUUCAUAUGCAUAAAU